GAGACUACAAUUCCCAGAAGGCUGUGCCGGCAAUCCGUCGACGUGUGCCGACGUCACGGCCGUCAGCGUGCCUACGUGGUGAGGUCAUGUAGAGAUGGGGAGAGGGAGAGGGAGGAAGUGAUGGAUUUCCUUCCUGCACUUAGACGCUCAGGGACUGUUGUUUCAUUAAUGGCUGAUAGUUUAAAGCAGGAAGUAGAUGAGGUUUAAAUUCACUUUUUUCAUGUUAAUGAAUAUUGGAUGCAUGCGAAUGUUGCUUUUUCAACUCAACACGUUUCAGGGAAAAUUUAAGCUGAAGUGAAAAUGCCCAGGAGGAAACAGUCUAAUCCUCAACCUGUGAAAAGUUCAGAUAGCUCGGAGUUUGUUCGUGCAGGUGACAAUGGUGAUUUUCCUCCAAGCUGCAAAAAACUCAAGACUGAAAAAGAUCCCCAAACAGAUGUCGAGGCAGUGGGUGACGAAGAGGAAUGUACUGCAAAGCCACCCAACAUUUCCCGAGACCACAACGAUGCUUCCUUUCUACAGGCAAAUGGCUUCGUCAGUCAGAACCACCUGGAAGCUAGCGUGGAAGUUACGUUGGAAGAAGACUGUGGCUUUGAGGAAUCUUCAUUGUAUUGUGAAAGUCUCAGCAAAACCAAAGUGCCAGAUGAUGGGAAAUCGUACAAAUGUUCUUACUGCAGUUAUACAACUGACCAGUCGGACAAAUUGAAGCAUCAUUUCCUGAUUCAUGAAGGACAGAAGGCUUUGAGAUAUGUCGAUGAACCUGACCAAUCACAGAAAAAGCCCUUCAAGUGCACCUGCUGUCAUUUUGCCUGUGAUCACAUGAUAACCCUAACUCGACACAAGAGGCAACAUAUGCGCAAAUCUUUAUUGGAGCAAAAAGAGAGCACUGUUUCAAGGAAACCUGUGCCCUUGCAAGCUGGCAGUGACACUGCCACCGCGGGAAGUGAAAAGAAAUUUUACAGUUGCUCAUAUUGCAGCUACACAUCAUCACUGAUGGGGAAUCUACAGCGUCACAUCCGCAUCCACCUUGGAGAAAAGCCCUUUAAGUGUGACCAAUGUUACUAUGCAACUGGCCAGUCAGGAAACUUAAAGCGACAUAAACUAACUCAUACCCAGAAAAAGUCUUACACUUGUAACCAGUGUGACUAUGCAUCUGGCCAGAUGGGUAAUCUCAAACGACAUAUGCUGACACACACAAGGAAAAAGUGCUUCAAAUGCAGCCAGUGUGAAUACGAAGGGGAAAGUAUGGCCGAUUUAAUGAGGCAUAAACAAAAUCACAAGGAUGACAAAAGUUUAUUACAAAAUACAGAACCAGAUACAAUUCCAUUGAAUGAAAAUAGUGAGGACAAGCCUUAUAAAUGUCUGUAUUGUAGCUAUGCCUCGCCACUGUUGGGAAACCUCCAGCGGCACACACGUAUCCAUCUAGGAGAAAAGCCCUUCAAGUGUGACAAAUGUGAUUAUUCUUCCUGUCAAAUGGGGAACCUUAAACGCCACAUGCUGACGCAUACACGUGAAAAAAUGUUUAAAUGCCGCCACUGUGGCUACAUCUGCAGUAACUUAAUAGACUUAAAACAGCACAAAGAGACUCACAUAAAGGAUAAGCUUCUACAAGGUGAGGAAAAACAUCCAGAGAACAAGCAAAGUGUCAGCAAUGAAGUCUCAGCCCUAACUCCCGAGCAAGCUGAAACAGGUGUUGGGGAUAAAAAGCCUUAUAAAUGUUCAUAUUGCGAUUAUACGUCAUUAUUGCUGGGAAACCUCCAAAGACACACUCGAAUUCACCUUGGAGAGAAGCCCUUCAAAUGUGACCAAUGUGACUAUGCAACUUAUCAAUCUGGGCACCUUAAGCGGCACAGACAAACGCACAUGCACAAAAGGUCACUUAAGUGUCGCUUGUGUGACUAUGUCUGUGGUAACAUGACAGAACUAAAGCAACACCAACAAGAGCACACAAAGAAAACUGGAAGUGGAGAAAAGAAGCCUUACAAAUGCACAUACUGUAAUUAUGUGUCGUCUUUAUCAGGGAACCUGCAACGGCACAUCCGGAUUCACCUGGGAGAAAAGCCCUUUAAAUGUGACCAGUGCGAAUAUGCAUCUCACCAGUCAGGAAAUCUCAAGCGUCACAUAUUAACUCAUACUCGGCCCAAGUCUUUCAAAUGCGGCAUCUGCUACUGUACCUGCAGCAGUGCAGUGGAGCUAAAGGAACAUAAGGAAAGUCACAUCAAGAAAGAACUGCUGAUGCAGGAUGACAAGGAUGGGAAUGAGAAGGCCCAGGAACUUUAUUCCUGCAAGCUGUGUAGCUUUGUCUCAGAGUAUCCAGGGCACCUCAUGCGGCACAUGAAAACUCAUAAUGCAGAGAAGCCGUACAAAUGUCACUACUGUGCAUAUGCAACAGUGCAACAAGGUAAUCUUAAAAGGCAUAUAUUAAUCCAUACUGGGGAAAAACCCUUCCAAUGUGACGAGUGUAGUUAUACCUGUAGCCGAAUGGAAAAUUUGAAGCGACACAGGCAAAUUCAUAUAGAAAAGACCUUCCCAGAUGAAGGGGAAGGCAGCAGUUCGGUGAAAUCCGAAAAACCCUUUCCUUGUGAACUGUGUAACUUUAAAGCCCAGUACCCCAGCAUCCUUGCAAGGCACAUGAAAACUCACACAGAUGCGGCUAAAAAAGUUGAGGGAGCCCAAAGGAACUGCUCAGAUAAAAAGCCUUUUAAGUGUGAUCAAUGCACCUACUGUACCUGCAGUAUGUCCAGCUGGAAAGUGCACGUGCAGAGUCACGUGAACAAUGAAGUGGCAUUACAGUGCAAGGAAGAAAGCCAGACUGAAACUGCUCAGAAACAUUUUUCUUGCAACUUGUGUGACUUCAUUACCCAAUACCCAGAUGACUUGAUGAAACACGUAAAAACACACAGCAUGGACUCUGUAUCUGGUGAUCCCCAGACCCCUUCCACUGAAGUACAUAUAUGUCAAAGUAGUGAAAACAUCUUCUCUUGUAAGUUGUGCAAUUUUGUUACCCAGUACCCCAACCAUUUCAUAAUGCACAUGAAAACGCAUAUGAAAACUCAUAGCACUAGCAAUAGUGAAUACCAGUGUUCCCACUGCAACUACACCACCAAGCAAAGUGGGAAUUUCAAGCGCCAUAUCCAAGUUCACUUGGGUGUAAAGCCAUAUAAAUGUAAAAAGUGUGACUAUGCUUCAAUUAAUUUUGCAAACUUGAAGAGGCACUUACAGACCCAUAUGAAACAAGCAUCUAACCAAACUGAUUCCUCCUCUUCUGAUACAGUUGAUCUUGUACAAAAGGACAUAAAAAAGGAGAGAGAAGAAGAUCUAUACUCGCAGGAAGAAAGCCUUGAAAAUGAUGACAAAGCUCCCAGCUGUAGAAAUCUGAAACGGAAGAGACAGUAUAAAUGUUCUCAAUGCUCUUACAAAACUAUAGAGAUGGGGAACCUCAACAGACACAUCAGGAGCCAUAAAGGAGAAAAACCCUUUAAAUGCACUCAGUGCAAUUAUGCUUCCACCCAAUUGGUCAAUGUCAAACGACACCUUCAAACACACGCAGGAAAGAAGUCCUUCCAGUGCACCCAAUGCGAGUUUGUGUGCGAGAACAAAGCGGCCUUUAAACUCCACAAACGGAAUCAUGUGACAAGUUUGGAGCUAAAGACGGAAGGGGAGAAUGAAAACAGCCUUAGCAAAGAACAGAAGGUCUUCACUUGCAAGUUGUGCAAUUUUGUCUCUCAGUACCAGAGCAACCUCAUAAGACACAUGAACAUACACAACUACAGGAGGCCAUAUAAAUGUUCGCAGUGUAACUAUGUCUCUGCCCAACUGGGCAAUCUGAAGCGACAUAUGAGGAACCAUCUACAGAGAGAAACCUUCCAAUGUGAACAGUGCAACUAUUCGUGUGCUUCCAUGACUAACCUCAAACGACAUGCCAGGGUUCAUACAAGUCAAAGUCCAAUGGUGCAAUAAAGGGAAAUCUUACAUUGGAAAGGUCAAAGAGCCCUGUUCAACGAGUCAGGUUGUUGUGAUGGGCAGCGCUCAGAAUCUUAGAACACUGACGUAGGGAGUGAUGCAGAGUCAUGCAAAUGUUGCUGUUACUUUUCCCAGUGAUGUAACAUAAAAAGGUGCAGUGAUGGACAUGUAUGCGAGCAUGUAAGCCCUCCAGUGCAAGCAAUUCAAGAGACUAAAGGGACUCGAUAGGGAUAAAAUAUUUUGGGGAGAGCAUUAGUGGUGUGCCACUUUUCAACUAUACUUGAAAUCAUUGUAAAUCUUAAAAAUACUUCAGUGUGAGCAUAAGUUCUGUUUGCUUAACCCACAGUAGAGUGAAGUUUUCCCAUCUGGUCUCUUUGGGAUGUCCACCUGUCUUAAAUAGUUUUUAUUUUGUUGUUUUAACUGGUAAAUUUCAAUCAAGAAAGUGAAAACCAGAGGCCAUAGCUUUCAGUGAAAAAUCAAAUUUAAGUAGAUAUAUCAGGAAGAGUUUUACUCAGAAGGUGAUAAAUGUUUGGUUAUAUAACCGGAAAAUAUAUAAGGGGCAUUCAUGAUGUUAAAAUAGGGCAAAUGGGGUACAGGAGGGAAGCUGAUUUUUUUUUCUUCCAUCCACAUCCUUGUUUUAUGUUUGUUUAAAAUGAUGUAAAUAGGCAUUAACAGGUAAAUAACCUAUUGAAUGUACAUUAGCAGAUAGGAGGUACUGCAGAUAUAUAAUCUAGCAGUGAUCAUUGAAUGGCUAAGUAGACAAAGCUGUACAUGCAUUUCUUUUUCUUGAGGGGCUGAGCCUUUUUUUGGUUUCCCAGGAAUACUACAGUAGUUUUACACUGGGGUUGUUGAUCAGUUUAAAUUUGAGCAGAGUGUUCAAUCACAUUAAAUACUAAAGCAUGGGUUGUGAUUUUUUGAUUAUUUAUAUAUUUAGUAAUGAUUAGAGAAAAUUCAUCAUUAUUAUGUGUUUCUGAAUCUGUUACCCUACCAAACAACAUGCUGUAGGUUCAUCCAUGAAACCACUUUAUCUAUUCUGUAUGUAUCAUUGAGGUUUCCUUAAAACUUCCCUGUGAAUUAUAAAUAUAGCAAAUUAGCCAGUUUGGAUUUAAUCCCCUAAAAGUGGAUUCAAACUUGGUUUUAUUAGGAUUUGAACAGCUCUGGUUUCGUUCUGAAUGCACCAGAAGUGGAAUAUCUACUUCAGACAGUAAGACCAAAAAAACCUUCUUGGUCUAGUUGUAGUACAGAGGUUCUCUUUUGUGCAAUAUCGCUAUGACAUGCAAUGCAUCAUCAUUGUGGGAAAUAAUCUGGGCUGCAGAUUUGAAAAUCCAAACUCAGUUGCUGUAAUGCUGCAGAAAGCAAGAAGACUGUUAAACUGGAAGCAAAUUAAAUUGUGCUGAUUUAGUUUUCAGGUUUGAAUGGUUUUGGAAUAAACCUGAAUAAGUUCUAAGGCAGAUACUUGAUGUGAUUUUUGGGUAAUGUGUUGGAUAUGUCACCGUCACCUGACUCUUUGAAACUGGAUAUGUGCAAACAGCUCAGGAAUGGUAUAUCUCCUUUAUGCUCUUGACAUGGACAGUAAUGUAUCAAUCAGACCUGUAAAGACAGAAUUUCAUUUCCCCAGUUGAAUACUGAAACAAGCUCUGUCCAGAAGUGCCAACCAUUUAGAACUGGGAACCAGUGCAGAAAAGGCAAAAGUGAAGGGGUGGUUAGAUACUGGAACAGUACAAAACAGCUGUUCUGCUGGAUUUGUCACCAGACCACUUGUCAAGUUUGCAUAUGUGAGAUCUGGUUCACACUGACUUGGCUUAAUUAAUUUUAUUGCUUCAGAGAGACGACCUGACCUGAGUGGUUCCAGCAUUUUCAGUUUUGCAUUGUCAAAUCAAGGUUGAAUUAUGAUUGGUCUAUUUAUUUGAAAUGGUGGUGAGAUGGGUUCAACAAUGCAAAUGUCUCCACCAGAAGGACUCCAGCUCAUUACCACGCUCCUGAGGGUAGUUAAGGAUGGACAAUAAAUGCUACCAUUGUCAGUAAUGUCUGGAUAUCAAAAACAUGAAUGAAUGAAUAAAUGUAUUUCCCUCACACACUGCAAGCUCUUUGCCUUUGGAAUUAUCCCUGGGGGAAACACUUGCUCAAUCUAUUCUUGCAGCUUUCUUGAAAGGGAAUGUGAUCUUAUUUUCUAAAUGAUUAAUUUUUACUUGAUGUUAAGUAUUUAAACCACAUGCUGCUGUGCUGCAGCUACCUGUAGUACCUUUUCAGUAGUGUAAUCAAACCAUGUUCUUAAGAUCUAUGGUCUGUAGUCUCAAAAGUAUCAAUAGCGCAGACCUUGUAUUAG